CACGGCUGUCAGUCUAAAAGAUGCACAAAAUUCCGAAGUUGUUGCGAAGAUAAAUAAAAAUACGCACACACACAAUGGGCGAAAGGGCGAGCGGUACCGAGCAGUGCGUUUAAUUUGCCCUUAACCACCCACCGAUGUUCGCCAAAACGAUCCUCCGGGUGAGGUAGUGCGGGGUGACAUAGUGAUAACAGUGCGUGUGUGUGUAUGCUACCGUAGGAAAAACGGAAGGACGAGCUGCACGAGAAGAAGCAACAACAACAAAUGGUACGAUUACGAUAGGAAAAGAAGGGAGUGCGGGUGCAGCGGACAGGGUCCGAAGAUAUAUUCUCCGUGCGUGUGUGGGUAUGUCUGUGUGUGUGGGGCGAAACAAAGAAACGAUCACCCACCGUCAUCGUCAUCAUCGUCCCAACAACACGGUGUUGUGCAAGUUGUGUUGUGGUGUUUUUUUUUCCAACCUUGUGUCCGUUUGUUUGUUCUCUCUUCCUUCUAUUGUCGUUCGCGGAAGCAUAGUAGGCAGUGGAAAAGGGUGAAGACAGAGGAAGCGUGUGUGUGUAUCAAAAAGGAACACAAUCGUAGAAACUACGAGAUAGAGCGCCUCCCUUGUUGCUAAUGGUAGCCCUGCCUGCCGUUCAAGCUGCCGUAACCAGUUGUAACGCUACGUAGGUACUACGGGACCCCCAAUCUACUCGCAACCGUGUGCGUGCCCGUGUGUGUGUGUGUGUGUGUGUGUGUGUGUGUGUGUGUGUGUGUGCGCGCGUGCGGGAAGGGGUCGUGUUUUCGUUAUGCCAAUCGGCACAGAAAUGGCACAGCUGGCACGGUACGUGGGUCACUGUGGCGGUGCCACUAGUCAUCGUCCGGAAUCGGCACAAAACGCCGGGAAUGUCAGCAGCAGCAGCAGCAGCAGGGAAGUGUGAGCGUCCGAACCAGUGAACGUAGUGUAUGUGUGUUUGUGGUGCGUUGUGAAUUGUUACGUGUUGUAUACAGUGUGUUAUUGAAAUAAGCAUUUAAAGUAGAAGAAAUCACUGUUCACGGGAGCUGCUUCGGCAACGAAAGAGGGCCACCGUGUUUCGCUAUCUUAAAUGUGUGUGUGUGCCCAUCAAAGCAAACACAGUUUGCCACGAAACGCGCGCGUCACGGUGAUUAGAAUGUGUUUGGUGUGCACUGCCUCCCCCACCCCGGUUCGACAACGACGAAGAAAAACCGGAAAUUCCGCUAAUCCUUGACUGCGAAAGCGCAUCGCAAAAAAAAGGAUCGCACGAUUCUCCCACACGGGUGUGACAGAGUGUUACAGUAGUGGAGGUAGAAAAUAGAAGCCCCCCCCCCCCACCCCGCAACACGCCGUCCAUCAAAAGGGGAGGAGGAGGAGGAGGAGGGAGAAGGUUGUUCCAUUAUCAACACAACCGCCGUGUGUGUGUGUGAUUGUUGUUUCCCGCUGUGCACACCAAUCCACACGCACACAGAUCCGCACCCCGAACGCGCGUCCAUCAAAUUCAGGAGGAGGUGGAGGAGAAGGAGGGACAGACACUCGAGACCCUCGGAACACACGAAACCACGGAAAGAAGUGUAACCCAAAUGCCAAUCAACUGCAUGUAAGGAGUCGCAGCGCUGCUUCGCAUGUCGCAGGACUUGCUCGGUGUGUGUUUGUGUGAGUUGCGGUAAGGAUAUUCGAGUCGUUGUGCAAGAUAUCGAAGUGUAGAGACACCGGGGGAGAAAUAGAAAGAAAAAGAAAAGGAACGACGACAAACGCCGGUAGAAGGACAGUAAAACCAUAGCCGGCCGAGACGAGUGGCCGGGCUGAGACAGUGUGUCGGAAUGAACGAGUCUCGCCGCAGUCUCGUUCCUCCUGCUGUAGUAGGUGUCGAAGCUGCACGUGGGGCACACCCGGCCGGUGCAACGGUUGCGUCAACUGUUGCGGGCAAUCAGAAUGGCGCACCGGUGCAGGCGCAUGCAAUGCUGAUCCCGGGUGACAACAGCAGGCAGCAUCCGGCCGCCGCCGGCUACGAUACGGACGGCGAGGAAGACCCACCGGUGACCGGUAGCAACACGACGGAUGGUACGACGCAUUCGAAAGACCUGACCGACACCAGCUCCUCCAGAAAUGGGCGCGAGGCGCGAAACCGGGCGGAAAAGAACCGGCGAGACAAGCUUAACGGAUCGAUACAGGAACUUUCGGCGAUGGUGCCGCACGUGGCCGAAUCGCCCCGCCGGGUGGACAAAACUGCAGUGCUGCGCUUCUCGGCCCACGGGUUGCGGGUGGACUAUGUGUUUGGCAAAUCUAAACCGGAGGAAACGGUCAAACCGGAGGCACAGGACUCGCUGUUUCGCAUGCUGAACGGAUUUCUGCUCACGGUGACGUGCCGCGGCCAGAUCGUGCUCGUGUCGCCGUCCGUGGAACAGUUUCUGGGCCACUGUCAGACUGAUCUUUACGGGCAAAAUCUCUUCAACCUUACCCACCCGGACGAUCAUGCGCUGCUCAAGCAGCAGCUCAUCCCGUCGAACCUGGUCAACAUGUUCGACAGCGGCGGUCCGAGCACCGGCUGUGGUGCCCCACCGGCCCUGCUGGGCUCCGGGGAGGGUGGCCCGGGCCCGAACGGUACCGAUGGGGGCGGCGAGUUCCAGCGAUCGUGCGACGACGAGGAGGAAAUCGACCGAAAGCUGCGGCAGGAUCAUCGGAGGUUUACCAUCAGGAUGGCCCGGGCUGGACCGCGAUCGGAAGCGACGACCUACGAGCUGGUCACGAUCGAUGGGUGCUUUCGGCGGGCGGAUUCGGCACCGCGCGGCAGCAGCGGCAGCAGCAGCUCCUCCACCACCAAAGCGGGAGCUGCAGGGGCUGGCGGUACGGCCGGCAGUAUGCAAAUGAUACGGCGGGUGCGGGGCCGCGACGACGCCAUACCGCUGCACAGCAUCAACGGGAACGAUAUCGUUCUGAUUGCUUUAGCGCGUGUGAUGAAGGUGCCAUCUAUCUGUGAUCGAUUGAUUGAGGCUUGCAAAUAUGAGUACAAAACACGUCACCUGAUCGACGGCAGGAUAGUGCAGUGCGAUCAGCGCAUCUCGAUAGUGGCCGGCUACCUGACCGACGAAGUGUCCGGCCUGUCCCCGUUCACUUUUAUGCAUCGGGAUGACGUCCGAUGGGUGAUAGUAGCGUUACGACAAAUGUAUGACUAUAAUCAAAACGGUGAAUCCUGCUACCGGCUGAUGUCGCGCACCGGGGACUUUAUCUAUCUGAAGACGCGCGGCUACCUGGAGGUGGAUAGCGAUACCAAAGUGGUGCAGUCGUUCGUCUGCAUCAACACGCUCGUGUCGGAGGAGGAGGGCCAGCGGCUGGUGCGCGAGAUGAAGCGCAAGUUCUCCGUGAUCGUCGACAAGGUGGAGCUGCCGGACGAGAGCGGCGAGCCGGUGGUCGAGAACCCGAAGCAGAUCGAGGAGGCGGUCAUGAAUCUGAUCACCAACCUGCAGCCGGACAGCGAGGACAAGCUGCUCAACACGAUGCCGGCCUCGCCGGCCAGCAGCAUCAAGUCGGGGUACGGGGAGGGUGCCCCCCUCGCGAUAGUGGCACCGGAGAAGAACUCGGUCAAGUCGGCGAUCGUGAAAAGCAUCAACGUGGUGUCGAUUGCGGCGAAAACGAUGCGCGAAGGCCGCUGCUCGUCCGUGUCGGGCGGCGACUGGUCACCGAUGGGGGGCGAUCAGCAGAACAGUAACGGGAGCAGCAGCACGGCUAGUAGUAGCGUCAGCACCGGCAUGCCCAGUCCGUCCCGAUCGGCGUUUGCCGAUGGCAUUGGUUCGCCACCACCGCCACCACCACCACCACAACCGUCGCUGUCACCGGGCGGCGUGCAAAGGCCCACCGUGCUGCAGAAGCUCGAUCCGCAGCUGUCGGAGGAGGCGGCAGCGGCGGCGGUCGGUGCGAACGUGGAGCAGCGCGUGCCACCGCUGCCCAACUCGCAGCACUACUUCACGCAACCGUUCUCACCGUCGGGCGGUACGACGCCCGUGCCAGUAUCGCUGCUCUCACCCGCCUCGUCCCACUACAGCCAGCGCAGUGCGCGAAGUCCGUACGGUUGUGGCAGUGGCAUUGCUUCCCCUCCGGCCGCAAUACACGGUGGUGGCGGUAGUCGAACAACGACCGUGCUGAAGCGAACGUACAGCAACAGCAGCAUCAACAGCCUAAACUCGCUGGACAACUAUGGCGAUGGCGGUGAGGCUGGUACAGGGGACAGUGGCAAGCGGGCGAGAAUGCACGCGCUGGGCAACAGCGAUCUGGCCAACUGCUUUAGCGAUCUUAUCAACCCUGGCUCUGAUCUUACAUCGCUGCUGCCGAACUCGUUCGAAGCGCUCGAUCAGUCUUUGCUGACGAUGGAAACGACAACGACUAUCAUACGGGACCGAGUGAGCAGCUACUCCAGCUUGCAUGAGUCGCAAAAUCGGCUGGAUCGGAUAGUGGAAGAGCAUCAGGAGCAGCGCGAAAUGUUGCAGUCAAUUCAGCAAGAGUACCAGCUGCAGCUGCAGUCCAACGGGACGGGGAGCGAUGCAAUAGAGGCGGGCAAUGGUAGUGUAGAAGGUGGUGGUGGUGGUGGCGAUGAACCGAACGGAAUGCUGUGCAAUUCCCUCAGCCGAAGGGUCAGUACGAUCACCAGCACGAUGGCGGCCGCCGUCCCACCAAUAAUGAUGCCUUCCGUCAUCACGUCGAGUGUUGGGCAACAGCAGCAACAGCAGCAGCAGCACCGGACAGCUGCAACGGGGAGCGCUGGACCGGUGGCUGGCACUGCACGAUCGGAAAAGGAUGCAGGGAGUUAAUGUUCAUCAAUCCGAACGAUCCACUUUCGCCGUUGGCACUGUAAAUCUCAUCACAGAACGUACUUUUCGUCCGAUGAUUGGACACCUUCUUUUGCUCCGGUGUUUAUUUCCUCCCCUCUACCCCGACUACUUCCACUUCCUUCCGUCCGUGGAGUUAGUUUUUAUUUUACCUUUCUAUUACAACAUUUCUUUUCGCUUGCAAACAACCACCGAGGUGCGAAGAGCGAACCCGUCAAGAGACCAUUUUUACCAUGGGAAAAAGGAUUAGUUUGAUGCAUAAACGCAACAAACGUCGGAUGUUAAAAUUUCGAAUAGAAGCGAAUAGAAGAGAAGGAGAAAGUGCUAACGAUAAUGGUUUUUAGGAACGUGCAGUAAUCGUGCAGAAUGGUGGCAAACUAUUCAAUACAGGCUCAAUGUUGGGUGAUGAAUCCUUCUCCUUUACCCCCUUCCCUGCUACUAAAAAGCAAAACAUUUUAAGUCAACGAAUUCAAACAGGUCAAACAAACAAACAACGGCACGGAUGUGGAUGAAUGUUGUACAUAUUUAUACACACCAUGUAUAUUUACAUGAGUUUUUUUUUUUUUUUUUUGGGAAGUGAUGAUAUAAAGUAUUCUCUUAUGCGUUAGUGAGUGCGAGAAGCUUGGUUUUCUCGGUUAGGAGACACUGAAUUCCCUUUAUGUACCCCCUCGCACCAUUUCGGACCAGCUCGGUGACGUGAAUCCAAAUUAUUGUUGUGCUAGAGUUGGUAAACCUAUUGGCGUGUCGUCGUCGUCGGGGGAGCGUUUUCUUUCCAAAAAGUGAAGUGGUCCAACAUCCAACGACGACGCUUGAAUACACACUGACACACACAUACACACAUAUAUAGGAUUAGCAAACUGUUUCCGUUGUAGGCUAGGGUAUAAUUUGGAAUAGGAAAAGCUCUACGAGGUGCGGAUGUGUGUGUGUGGUUUGCGUAAGGAGAAGAGAUUUCGUGUCUAGUUUUAAUUCGUUCACCCAAUGCGGACGAGUGAUCGAGUGGUAUGGUUUUGUUUUUGCUAGCGCGUAAAGAUUUGUAAAAUUCAACCCCCCCCUCUUCAUCCCGGGAAGAGAAACGGGUAUGCUGUGUGUAAAAUACCGUGUACCAUAAGUCCCAUACGAAUGUAAUUUAUCCAACGCACGGAAACCAGGUCUUCAUCCGGGGCACAGCUUGUUAUACAACUGCAAGAAAGCGAUAUAUUUUUAUUGUUUUCCUUUUUUUGUUUUGUUUUUUAAAAAAGAGAGAAAGAAACGAAUGUGUAUGUGUGUGUGUGUGUGUGGGAGAGAUAGAGAGGGUAGUAAAACGUUUAAUAAGAAGUUUAUUAAGACGCUGUUAGGACGGGUGUUUAAUAGUCGUUGGAUAGGCGCGGGCGAUCGCCGAAUACACAAAGAAACAAGUUACUGAUACUGAUGCUAAGGUGUAAUUAGUAGAAUUGGAACAAAGUUACUUUUUAUAUGUAGGUGUGCGUGUGUGUGUGUGUGUGUAUGAAUGUGAAUGUGUGUGAGUGUGUAUUGAAGCUAAAUAAGGGGCAAAAGGCUAAUAGAGGCGAAACAAAAUGGAAAAAAAGCCGUGGACGUCACAAAAAUGUCCAUCUUUUUUUAAUGUUUCCGUUGUGUUUGUUGGUGUGUGUGUUUACGAACGAAUGUAUGCAGCGAAGAAAAAACCUGGUCAAUUCCAGCAAUUGUGUAGUAGGAGUUAUAACAAAUUAAAAUAGAAAAAAAGGGAAAACAAAACCAUACUGAUGUAACGAUUCUGUGCCUGCCUGCGAGAGCAGGUCGAACGGAAGAGAAAGGACAGCACAGGAAGCAACUCAAUAUGAUUAUGAUAUUUAUUGUACCUUUUCUUGUUUGUUUGUUUGCGUAUUUACCCUUUUUUCAUUUCAAACUCAUGCUCACACAACAAUAGGGAAAGUUGGCAGUUUGAAAUACAAAUCAAGCUAGAUGUAACCACUUUAAUCCAGGAGCAGAAAAAGGGAACAGGAAGUAUAGGCACAGGAUUAGUUGUGAGCUAUUUGUACACCGAUUAAUUAGCCUUAUAAGAUACAAACACACACACACACACACACACACACACACACACACACACACACACACACACACACACACACACACAUCGAUACAUGAUAUUCUGAGGCAAUAUUAG